AUGAAGGAAACGGAGGAGGAUGGAGUGAGGGAAAGUAGUGUGGUCGAGAGGGAAAUGGAAGAGAUUAGAAGAGAAUUGAGGAAACUUAGAGUGGAAAUGUCAAAGGGGCUAAAGGAGGUGAGGGAGAGAUUGAGAUGUCUGGAGAUGAGACUGGAGAGGUGGGAGACGGAAGAAGGAAAAUGGGACCAGGAAGAGGAGGAAAAGAGGGAAGGAGAGAAGAGGAGAAGCGGACAGGGAGAACGAAGAGGAAGUGAAGGGGAAGAAGAAAGGAGGUUGAACGGUGACAAGUGGGAGAAAGGCGGAAAGGGAACGAGGACGAGAGAAGAGGAGAGGGCCGGGAAGAAGAGAGGACGGAGUGGGAGGAGAUACUGGAGACUGGUGGCAGGAGGUGCGCAGAGACAGAGAGGAGAAGAGAAAGACAAUGCGAAGCAGACAGUAGCAGAAGAGAACGAAGAAGACCAACGGCUAGACGAGGAGAGUCGCGAGGACGACGCAGCAGCAGAGCUGAGUGAUCCACUCGGAAACUUGGUAGCCGGUUUAUCCAGAGACCUAGAGCGGAUAAGACAUGAAAACGAGGUGAUGCGACGACAGCUUGAGGAAGUGCGGCUAGAAAGGAGCAGAACGGCAAGGAGCAUGCCGGCAGCCAUACCCGGGAACAAUGGCGCAGUUGGCGCUGUUGGCGCUGUUACUAUGCCGCGUCCCGCCAUUACGGCUCUAGGGGAACUGCUUAGUGAAUUCUCGGGAGCGGAGGACACUUUCGGCAACUGGCGGAAGCAAUUAGAACUUGUGCGUGGCACAUAUAACUUAGAUGAUAAUUGCACACGCAUCUUAAUCGGCAUGAAACUAAAACAGAAAGCUCUGAAAUGGUUCCAUGCAAAACCGGAAAAUUUAGAGAUACCGGUGGCUGAGUUGAUUGAUCUUAUGGAAAAAAUGUUCGACUAUCGUCCGGCGAGAAUCAAGCUGAGACGAAAAUUUGAAAAGAGGAGAUGGCGUAGCGACGAAUCAUUUAGUGAGUACUAUUAUAACAAGGUGAUAUUGGCGAGCAGAUUAUCUGUCGACGACGACGAACUUAUCGACUGCAUUAUCGACGGAAUUCCGGAGAUUCCUCUUCGCAAUCAAGCACGCAUGCAUCGCUUCGAGACGAAAGAGAAUCUGUUGAGAGCAUUUAAGCAGAUUAAGCUACGACCAGAGAAUAAAAUUCGGCUGGGACGUCAUGGAGAAAAACCAGGGGACAAGGUGGAGGAGAAAACACCAUUAAAAUCCAAAGAGGUGGAGCAACGACGAGUAAGCAGAUGUUACAACUGCAACAAGGAAGGACAUAUGGCGAGAGAGUGUGACAAGACGAAGAGAGAACGAGAUUCCUGCUACGAGUGUGGAGCGACGGACCACGUGAUGCGAGACUGCAAGAAGAAGAAGCAGACGACGACCUUGACGACGGCAGCGACGAAUCCGAAAGAAGUGCAAGGAGAAAUUUCUAACGUGAUAGUGCCGCGUGAAUAUGAUAACGAAUACCGUAGGCGGGUGGAAGUGCAAAUAAGUGCAAGCGAAUUGGAGUGUAGAUUUAUUACGGAUUCACAAUUAGAUACGGCGUGUCCAGUAAGCUUAAUUAAGGCUAGAUUUAUUCCUCCAAGCUUGAUAACGCGAAUAAAGAACGAACAUUACGAGGGCAUAAACGGAUCUGCGUUAGAAGUUCAAGGUACUGUAAAAGCGAAAAUCUGUGUUGAGAAUGCAAUAGCGGAGAGCGUGACAUUACGUGUUGUACCGGAACGUACGAAAUGCGAUGUGUUGUUGGGCAGAGAUGCGUUAAAAAACUUAGGCCUCACGAUAAUCAAGCGAUCACGAGAACGCGAAGUUGAAGAUGCGGCGAACGAAAUAUUAAAUAUCGAUGUGAAUGAGCUAGUGAGCGAUGAAAUUGGUAAGUUAGACAUAAAUCCAGAUGUGUCGUACCCGGUAAGGUGUCGAGUCAUAGAGAGUUUUCAAUAUCAUUAUUUGCAAGCAGAGAGGCCUGUGGAGCCGAAAAUAAAAGCGGAAUUAAAAUUGAAUAUAAAAGAUAAACAACCGUUUCAUCACGCGCCCAGUAGACUAGCGGUAGGCGAGAAAGGUAAAUUGCGUGAAAUAUUAGAUGAUUUGCUAAAAAGAGGCAUAAUUCGUCCUAGCGUAUCAGAGUAUGCGUCGAGAACCGUAUUAGUGCGAAAGAAAGACGGAAAUACGCGACUAUGUAUAGAUUUUUGUGCAUUAAAUAAAAUUAUGGCGCAAGAAAAUUACCCGUUACCGGUGAUUGAAGAGCAAAUCGAGGCGUUAGAAGGGAAAAAAUAUUUUACAUUUUUGGACUUAAAGGAGGGAUUUCACCAUGUGAAUGUGCACGAAGAUAGCAUAAAGUACACGGCUUUCAUUACAGCGUUUGGUCAAUUCGAGUACGUAAAGAUGCCGUUUGGACUUAAAAAUGCAUCGGCGCGAUUUCAGCGAUAUGUCAACAAGAUUUUUGAACCGUUAAUUAGAGCUGGUCUAGUUUUAGUAUAUAUAGAUGACUUUUUGAUAGCGACCGAGACUGUUGAGGAACAUAUAGAGAUAUUGGAACGUGUUUUUAAGAUUCUCGUGGAAAAUAAGUUAGAGCUGCGGCAAAACAAAUGUAAAUUUUUCUAUGAAAAGAUAGAGUUUCUAGGAUACGUGAUUUCGAACAGCAUACAACCGAACGAGGCAGGAAUAACGGCAGUAAAAAACUUUCCAACGCCUACGUGUAUCCGAGAUGUGUAA